ACUCUGAACUCUCAAGCCUGUACAAUGGCCUUCCCAGCCCGAUCACGCCCGUGCACCAUCCCAGAGAAUGAAGAAAUUCCCCGGACAGUCCUUAACAGUGUCGUCGAGGCUAAUGGGAAUGAAGAUGAGAGGGCUGUGUCCAAGCUGCAGCGCAGGCACAGUGAUGUAAAAGUCUACAAGGAAUUUUGUGAUUUUUAUGCAAAAUUCAACAUGGCCAAUGCCUUGGCCAGUGCCACAUGUGAGCGCUGCAAGGGAGGCUUUGCGCCUGCUGAGAAGAUCGUGAACAGUAAUGGUGAGCUGUACCAUGAGCAGUGCUUCGUGUGUGCCCAGUGCUUCCAGCAGUUCCCAGAAGGACUCUUCUAUGAGUUUGAAGGAAGGAAGUACUGUGAGCAUGAUUUCCAGAUGCUCUUUGCUCCCUGCUGCCACCAGUGUGGUGAAUUCAUCAUUGGUCGGGUUAUUAAAGCCAUGAACAACAGCUGGCAUCCUGAGUGCUUUCGAUGUGACCUCUGCCAGGAAGUGCUGGCAGACAUAGGGUUUGUCAAGAAUGCUGGCAGACACCUGUGUCGUCCAUGCCAUAACCGUGAAAAGGCCAGAGGCCUUGGAAAAUACAUUUGCCAGAAAUGCCAUGCCAUCAUUGAUGAACAACCUCUGAUCUUCAAGAAUGACCCUUACCAUCCAGACCACUUCAACUGUGCCAACUGCGGGAAGGAGCUGACUGCUGAUGCCCGGGAGCUGAAAGGAGAGCUGUACUGUCUGCCAUGUCAUGAUAAGAUGGGGGUCCCUAUCUGUGGCGCCUGUCGGAGGCCCAUUGAAGGGCGAGUAGUGAAUGCCAUGGGCAAGCAAUGGCAUGUGGAGCAUUUUGUUUGUGCCAAAUGUGAAAAGCCAUUUCUUGGACAUCGCCAUUAUGAGAGGAAGGGCUUGGCCUAUUGCGAAACUCACUAUAAUCAGCUAUUUGGUGAUGUUUGUUUCCACUGCAACCGCGUCAUAGAAGGUGAUGUGGUCUCUGCACUCAACAAGGCCUGGUGUGUGAGCUGCUUUGCCUGUUCCACCUGCAAUACCAAAUUGACGCUCAAGAAUAAAUUUGUGGAGUUUGACAUGAAACCAGUCUGCAAGAAGUGCUAUGAGAAAUUUCCAUUGGAGCUGAAGAAAAGACUUAAGAAACUAGCUGAGACCUUAGGAAGGAAGUAACUUCUGGUUUAAUCAAUAUUACUUAGCUUGAACCACCCUUAACUAAAGAUGCAUCAAAGCAUUAGAGAGAAUUUUUUUUCAUUUUCCUUUUCUGAUUUAAAAAGAAAAAAAAUGUUUAUUCCCAUGUAAAACACAGAUGAAAUCAGGACUUUAGUCUUAGCAGUCUGUGGACAUUAAAUGCUAUAUAGCAGAAUAAAAAAAGAAAGAAAAGAAAAAAAAACAUGUUAAAGGAUAAUUUUAAUUAAUCCCUGUCCUCCAAGUAAAUUUGACUCUUCAAAAUUAAAGCUCUCUGCUCCACGAGCCAACGCUGGGUCCGUGUGGAAAGAGAACUCAUUCCCACGAGUUGUCUGCUCACCGCCACAGUCACCUGAGUCCUGGGCCAGCCGUGGUGAGCCUUGUUUCCAAAAACGAAAAGUGGCUGUGCACGUGAUGGUACCUGUGUGCUAGUAUCUGUGCUUCAUACAUAAUCUGACUUGCCUCGCCUUAGAAAACUGCAUCCCCUAAUCAGGAAUGCUAGAUGUUUCAUAUAAUACCAAAUAAAAAUAAAUACUUUGACUAAGAUUUAUAAAGAGUCAGCUUUUACAUGGCUCAGAUUUUAAAAAAUAAUUUCUCACUCAUAUACUGGAGAAGGCUAUAAGAAAGAUAAGUAAACUACCAAAAUAAUUCCUAUGCACUCCUAGUGUGUUUAUCCAGUUAGUGUUGUAAAAGGAACAUGCGUAUUACUAAGAAGCAAAAAUAUUUCAAAAAGACUUGAAUUUUUGUCAAAUCACUAUGCUUAGUUUUCUGUUUUGUUCUCCUUAGGAGCUUCUUUCUUUGUACAGUUACUUAAUACAGUUGCUGUAACUACUGGUAUGUCUUUUACAUUGUUGAGCAAAACAAAGCUAUACCAGUUAUCUUGAAAAUACUGCACACUUUUGAUAUUGGGAAAAUGAAUCAUUUUUAAAAAUAUGUUAUACAAUUAUACUUUUAAGCUAAUGUAAAAUAUGUAGUAUUCAAAUAGGACAUGAGAUGAACUAUUAUGCAGCUUGGAAUGUAUCACUUUCAAAAGUGGGUGUGAGUCAGGAAUAGCAGCACUGGCCUUUAAUCCCUGCACUCUGCACGCAGAGGAGGACAGAGCUCUGAGAGUCCCAGGCCAGCCGAGGACUCUUGUUUCAGAAAAUGUGGCUGUGCACAUUAUAGUACCUAUGUGCUAAUAUCUGUGCUUCACACAUAAUCUGACUUUCCUUGCCUUAGAAAACUGCAUCCCCUAAUCAGGAAUGCUAGAUGUUUCAUAUAAUACCAAAUAAAAAUACUUUGAGAUUUGUAAAUUUAGAAUCAUUCAUCACUGAUAAACUUUAAAAAUUCUUUCUCAGGAAGCCAGUGGAAACUAAUACUUGUCUUCUUAUUAGAAUGAUGUUGAUACAUGUUUUAGGUUUUUUCAUUUCAAAUGUUGUAAUUGGGUUUUAUCUACUAUAAGAUAGUAAAAAGGUAUAAAUGAUACUUUCAGAUUGAAAGAGAGUGGUAAGAAUAUUAACUUCAGCUAAAACUCAGUUCUAUUUUAUGAAAGUUUUUAUCCUGAAAUGUCUGGACCAUUCUUUUUGUAUAAACUUAGUAUGCAAAAGUAUGAACAUUUUAAAGAUGUUUCUGUUGCUAACAUGUUACUUUUUUUUUCUAAGUUACCAAGAUACAUAUAGCCAACAUUGCUGGGUAUGGUGACUCACACUGUCGUCUCCGCACUUAGGAAGCAGGAAGAUUGCCAUAAGUUGGAGGCCAGGCCUAGUUACAGUGUGAGAUGCUGUCCCCCAAGACACCCCCAGAAACAACAACACUAGUAUAUCAUUUUGCCAUUAAGGCUAUCUCAGGGGCCUAGGAAAUAGCUCAGUCAGUAAAGUACUUGGACAUUAGGACCUGAGUUUGACCUGGAGGUGAGCAGAUCCCCUGUACUCACUGGGUUGCCAACCCAGCCUAACUGGUGAGCCCCAGAUCUAAGAGGCUCUUGCUUCAUUCUCUGAAAUGAAGCAAGGUGGGCGGCUCCUGUGGAAUGACACCCAAGAUAGACAUCUGGCCUCCACGUACACAUAUACUUAUCACACAUUCAGAAAUACAUACUCAGACAUAUAUACAAAAAAGGAUAUCUCAGGAUGCUAUUACUCUGCCAUUAAAAUGUUUGUAAUCAUGAAUUUUUUAAAAUACUUGGUUAUGCACAUUAUAGAAUGAAUACAUUUCUGCUUUCAGAUAACUAACUUGUAGCCACUUUAUUUUUUAAUUUUCUUUUGGGAUUAAGAAAAUUAUAAGUGAUUUAAAACAAUACAUGCUUUGUGUUUGUUUAGCAGUUUAAAAUUGUCUUUGACAAUAAGAACCAAAAUUACUUCAGUGUGCCUUUGUCAGCUAAUAAUGACAAGCAAUGAGUACCUUAAAAGUGUUUAUGAAGUAUUAUACACGCAUUUAGGCAAGUAGAAUUUGUAGUCUAGGGUCUUGAUGCUAUGUACCUCACUAGCUAUACGAAGCAGAAAAGCAAGCAUUCACAUGCUUCCUUCCCUCAUCGCUUUGGAGAUGUAUGGCCUGGCCAUUGCUUACACAUCUUACAUGUCAUCCGUAGCCAGAGUCCCCGCCGCCGUCUUUGCUCAGUCCUCUUCAGACAGGAGUACUCAUCAAGUUUGACUUGGUGGUUAUAUGAUACUUCAUCAAGAGAUGGUGCUUCUCUCUGUGGGAGUAUCGUUGGAGCCCUUAGUGAAGAAGAAGAUGGAGAGGUUUAAGUGGGGCAAAGACAGACUUGGUCCAGUUCCUAUUUGUUGUUGGGUUCACUGGCUGCUGGCAUUUGCUAGUGGACAUCUCUGUUUGAAUUUUUAGGGGCAAUCUGAAAUAAUUGUGGUUAUAACAUUUUUAAGCGCCCUUUUUGUCCUUAGUUCUCCUAAUAUAAUGGGGAAAAUGGAAACACAUAAAAUAUUUUUUGUGUCAUGUUCAAAGUCUUAUUAACACUGUCUAAAAUAGGACAUUUUGCCUCAUCCGUUUGCCAAAGUAGCCAAUUCCAAGUUAAGGAAACUUUGACAUAGGCUGACAAUAUUCUUGUGUUUUAUUUUAGAGUGUAAGCUUAAUGGCUGGAAAUUAUAUCAAUAAUUGUGCUUUUUAUGUAGCAACCAUUGCUGUAUACUUUUGGUGCUUAAUAAAUGUUCAUAAUUA